AUUGCGUUCAAUAGAUUGGGAAGAUUGGAUUCUAUCUUUAGCUGAAGUAUUUCCAGAAUGCUUUGUGGCAAUAAAAAUUCAUUGUGGGGUUCCUGAAUGGGCAUGGAGGGAUCAUCUGUAAUCGGAGAUUUCAAUGCUUGCACAUAACUCCUGGAAGCACAAGUGUGAUACUAAAUGCAGCCAAACUGCAUGCAUAACAGAGCACGCACACGCACUCUCGAGGGGAGAAGCUCUGAUAUUGCUGACAUGUUUUUCCCUGAACGGGUGCAGUCAACAAACCAGCCGUGGAAGCUUCAAGGGAGAAAGAGACGAAGGUUCAUACGACUCGGAAAGAAUAAGGGAGGCGGAGUUCGUUCCGCGAGUCUAAAGGAGCGAAAACCUCCAUAUCAAUCACCCACUCGAUCGUGAAACGGUGCAAGUUAACGCUUCCGCGUCAUGCAUGUAAAUACACGGAACGAUGUUGAGUAAGUAUACUUUGUUCGCCGGUAAGUUCGUGGCCAUUUCUCCCCGUUCCUGCACAUGCCUUCUGCCACAGAUAACAGAUUGGCAGUUAAGCACAAGACACACCAGACAAUCAGCUAUAGUCAGUCACUCACGCAAAGCAAAAAAGUUACACAUGGCCGGAAAAGAACACAACUCAAACACACAGGCGCUCUUGUCACCUAGCUUCCCGAAACGGCGUGCGCGCGGGGGGCCUCGCUCUUGUCUCCGGCCGCUAGCUAGCUAGCUCACUCCCCCCGCCCCGCACGCAUUGCCAAAGGAAAGGAGCAGCGCCUGCCUUCCAGGUUGGACGCCAAGGCGCAAGACGCCGAGAGCCCCGCGCGAACGGACGAUGGAGCAUUGGAGCCAGCUGCUUGUCGGACGAAAUUAACCGUGGUGCAAGGCACGCAUGGAGAACCGGACACCGCCGCCCCGAGGCGUGCGGGCCACGCACCCCGGCUUUGGCCUUCCCAGCGUGGGCGUGGCAACGGCCGAGGGCGCGCGCCGCGGCUAUAUAUGACCCGCCAUUGCCGCUCUCUCCGUCUCGCCACCGCCUUCCGUGGGAGCGAGGUUCCCUUCUUGGAUCGGAUCCAUUCCAGAGUGUAACGAACGCCGGUCGUGUUAAUUGGUUGGGGAUCGACAGAGAGUAGUUCGUUCGGUUCCCUAUCUAUCUAUCUAUCUAAGAUCGAGGAUGACGCCUGCUAGCAUGGUUGCCGUGCCCAAGAUCUGCCCAGGGUCGUCUUCGCUGGCGUUCGCGCCGUUCGGCGGGGAGCGGAGGAGGAAGCAGCCCCGGCUCUGCGUCUCCGCGGCCGCGGCGGGCGGCGGUGGCAUGGAGGAGCCGUCGAUGGCCGCGGUACCGGCGUCGCUGCGCGCGAUCCAGGCCAGGAGGAAGCAGCAGCAGCAGCAGGCGGGGGUGCCGCGGGCGGCGGGGAGCGCGGCCGGGUGCGCGGUGGCGGCCCUGGCGGCGGCCGUGGAGGCGGUGCAGGGUGCGGCGGCGGCAGGGGGCGCGUCCGGCGCCGGGGACGCCGUGGCGUGGGUCUUCCGCAAGGUGCACUUCGUCGAGUCGCCCGAUCUCGCCGUCGGGCUGCUCGGCCUCGUCGCGUCCUGCCUCGGCACGGCCGUCGAGAUGGAGAUGGAGCGGAUCAGGGCGUCCAAGGAGGCUGAAGCCGAGGCCCGCAAGACAGAGGAACCUCACGAAGAGGAGCGAGACGCGGAGGAGGAUGACGUCGAUGAUGACGCACCGCAGCUGGUGGGGCUGGACGUGGAGAAGGAGCUGUGGGCGAGGAUCGGCAUCCAGCACGGCGGCGACGACGACGACAUGCUCCCGCUGGCCGGCAUGGACGAGCAGGAAGCCAUCGACGCUGCCCACGCCGAGCGCCGGAAGGCGGCUUACGAGCGGAUCAUCGCCACCGCCGAAGCCAACUCCCUCAUCCUCUCCAACUACGCCCAGCUCCUCUACGAGUUCGACAAAGAUCACGACAGGGCGGAGGACUACUUCAAGCGGGCGGUGGCCAUCGAGCCGCCGGACGGCGAGGCGAUGCGGAGGUACGCCGUGUUCCUGUGGCAGGCCCGGGGCGACCUCGCAGGCGCGGAGGACAUGUUCACCAGCGCCAUCGACGAGGAGCCGGACAGCACCCACCACCGGAGCAGCUACGCCUGGUUCCUCUGGAUGACCGGCGGCGUCGAGACCUGCGUCAUCGACUCCUCCGGCUCCGGCAGCAACGACCCCGAAUGAAAAAAACAAACUCAACAAACACAGGGCCGCUUCUCGAACCAAAGACCAAGACCGACCUCGUCGGCAGGGCAUGUACGUGCCCCGGCGAUGGCCCCGGCCGGCCAUUUUAGAUGGUGCAUAUAGGUAUAUAUUGCGCACCGUCUCCAUAAGUAGCAUCGGCAUCGGCCCUUGUAGGGGCCAGUUUAUACUAGGGUGCGCGUGCCUGCACUGCAUGGCAGGAGCUGCCAACCUUAAUUACCCGGUCCGGUCAGGAGGAGGGGCAAAUAAUGUUGUCAAGCAAGCGCACAUAGUACAUUAGGUCAGUACUGCCUGUGUGGAUUGGAAUAAAGCAAGCAAGCAUGCAUCGCCGGUGAUGGCAUGCUGUUGCUAAACUGUGAACAAUAUCUCUGUAAGAAAAAUCUGGGAAGCAUAAGGUUCUCCCAUUUGUGUAUACUGGCACAAAUUAAUAAAGAGCAAUUGUGGUAUAUAUUGUUGUAUAUAUUUACGGCAUACAGAGAGUUGUACAUACACACUGAAAGGGGGGAAAGGGCAGAUGUUGUUAUCCUGGUGCUCU